GUUGUCUAGCAUUUACCAAUUUGGAAAGCGGCUGCGUUGGGCCGCGUGGUGCGACUCGUGAUUUUGUUGUGAAAGUGUGGGAAUCGCUACGUUUAAACCAUGAGGAAAAAGCGGUCCAAGAAUCCACCGAAGAAAAUUCAUUUAGUUUUCGAUGAACGAGAGCGCCGGGACUUCUUGACUGGCUUUCAGAAGCGCAAGAAAGAACGUCAGAAGAAAGCCCAGGAGAAACUCAAGCAGCAGGCCCAAGAAGAAAAGCGACGCCUGAAGGCCGAGAAACGGGAAAUUCUGCAGCGACUUCUUGGAGACAAGCCUGUGGCAGGCAGCUCAGCUGAUGUGGAGAGGGAAGAGCAGCCAGUGACGUACGACAUGCCGGAUCACACAGUGACUGUGGCCAACCUUGAGAGUUCCGACCUGUAUGGGGACGUCCAUAUAGGCAGCAACCAGGCAGCCGAUGACGACGAAGGUGGCCUUGAUGACGAAAUUGAAAGGGGCCGCACUACAGACAGUGACAAGCAAAGGCUAAAGGCCCUGGACCGGAAGAUGGGCGACUGCAGUGUCCAGCUCCGUGCAGCACUGCACAAGGACAAGAAGGAGCGGGGAAAGAUGCGCCGCAUCAAGCUGCGCACCACCAAGAAGGCCAAGCUGGCACGCACGCAUCGACGGUAGCUCACUCUGCCUUGUACAGUACCUCGAAUAAACAUCUGGCGUCUGUGGUGCCUUGUUUCAA